AUGUCGCCCACCGACAUAACGGAUGACCCAGACUGGACGGAAGGCGACACUGAGGUCACGAGCAGCGACGGGGUGCGGUUCAAGAUAAACGCCUACAACCUCUUUUGGGCCAGCCCCGUCUUCGCUGAGGCCCACGCUAGGCCCUUUUCAAACAAGGACAUGGAGUUGACUGACCCCGACCUCGAAACGGCAAACAUCCUCCGCCUCUUCUUCACAGUCAUAACGACCCUUCAUCUUCCCCUCGACCCCUUCAAAGACGGCGAUUUGAAGACACUCACAAACUUCCUCCUCUUCCUUAGCAAGUGGGACGCGGGCCAGCUAUACACUUUCGUGCUGGAGUCCAUCCACACUGCUGUUCGCGGGGCCAAACUCCCUCCUCUGCGUGUGUUCCAGCUCGGCGCGAUCCUCGAUAAUGUCGACACGUGUCUCGUGGCAUUACACCAUACGGCCGGGUACGAUCCGUGGUGGGAGCCAUGGUGGACUGCUGGUGACGAUUUCCGGCCGUUCAAUCCGUGUGUGAAGCAUUGCAAGUAG